AAAUGGAAGAAGAUGAAGGAGAUUUGCUCAACAGACCAUGUAGACUUGACGUCAUGUCCUUUGUAAAAGAACGAGUCAGACAAAUUGCUGAACUGAUCCAGGCUAUCGAUAACCGAGCUUUAGUGUCAGGAGAAGUAACAAAAGGACCACGUACGGCAGCACAGUGCUUACCACGUCAUAUGCGUCGUCGAGCGAUGUCGUACAAUGUGAAACGUUUUCCACGAACACAACGUCGUUUCGCAAAAGCAGUUAUUGCUGCUUCAAAACAUCGUCAGAAACCUCCGAGUCGCUUUUGGAGAAGACGACCUAGAAAUUUACUUUUGAAUUAUGUACGAAGGCAACGAAUGUAUGUUUGGCUGGAGACUCAUAUAUGGCAUGCAAAACGUUUUCGAAUGAUCAAAAAAUGGGGGUACAAUUUGGCGCUAAGAAGUUAUCAACGUGCUUUCCGCCCAUCAUAUCGCGAUUCAAUGCGUCAUUGUGUUGCCCAAGAUUCUAGCUUUCUGCGAUGCUUUCAAAUAAUUGGUCCUAAUCUAAUGGCAAUUGCUAAACCACUAUGUGUCAUGUGUUCACCUGAUAUUGGUCCAACGCUUGCAUCUAAAAUCGCUUUAAAUGGUCAUUUUGAGUUGUCAGUGAUGCUAUAUGAACCAGGCAAGUAUCCAUCUGGAUUCAUUGCACCAGUAAGAUUAUUAUGGAGCAAACACAGGACAAGAGAAGAAUUUACAUUGGCUGUUUGGACUCAUCCUUCUUCAAGUCAAGUUAUAUUAACGAAAUUUAUCUGCCUGUUACAGUUGAAGAAACAGGAACAAAAGGUGGAUGCGAACACAGUUUCCAUUUUACCGAAAACUUUUGAUGAAUGGAGGCUGCAUAACAUGGAAAUAAAAACAGAUAUUUAUUUCAGCGAGGACGGUCUAAAAUUAUAUGAUUUAAGCGAUCAGUUGAUUAGGUUCAGAUUACACGGUCCUAAAUCACUUCAAAUAUUGCAUAGCGUUCUUGCUGUUGUUGAUGAUAAGGAUUGUGAAGAUUUAUCGAUGAGUGAAUUCAUAUCAUGUAAUCAGAGCUGGAAAGAUGAUUGGGGAUUACGUAAUCCUGGGGAGUUCCCUGAUGGUACUGUUUUCAGCUUGCUUGUUGAAGACCCGAGGUUAACUCGACCGUCAAGGAAAACAAAAUUAAAGGAAGCAGGUCUAUUUUCAGCAAAAUCAGUAGAUAUAAGCGAUUUGCAACUUCCCUUGAGCUACUUUUGGAAUUUAGAAAUCCGGAGAAAGGCCCUUGAAAAGAAAAUAGUAGAAGCAGAUCUGCAAAAAAUGCGUAGUUUACAACUUCAAACUGUGAGGACAUCAGAUGCCAAGAUACCAGUACUCGUGGUGAUUCGGAACACGAUUGGAGGAACAACAAGCCCAUAUAUUGGUUUAGACCUCAUCGCACCAUCAGGAUUUGGUUCGGAAUUUUGGAUUGCUUUACAAUAUGGUACAGCAAGAAGUGUUGGAUUAAGGGAUAAAAAAUUUAUGGAACUUGAAUCGAAACGUUUUAAUUUUCCAUCUGAUGUACCAGAUUGUGGAGCUGGUUUAAAUGAAUUCAAGGAAGAGUAUAUCAGUUUACAGGAGAAGUAUCUUCGACGACCACAUAAUCGUCGUAUAAAGUACUGGAAUGAUUUGUCGAUCAAAUAUCCUUUCAACUUUAAUUUUUCUGAAUUAUCUCACGACUGGCUUCAGCAUUCAAGUUCACUAGAAGCAACUUAUGUUGUUCGUUCUCGACAGAUUUUAGGAAUUAUUGAUAAAUGGUUAAACGGCAAAGGGCCAGCGCCGGAAGAAGCUAUAAUGAAUUCUGCUGCAUUAAUACCAGUGUGCCUCUUUUCGUUUACAACGGGUCGUCCUCAACGAUUUGCAUUGAUAUGUGCACCAGUAAAUGAAGAUUUAGAUGAAAUGAUGAGGCUGACCAAACAUAAAAAAGCUUUAGAAAUUGUUGAAACACCAAGGACAAGCAACAUCUCCAAAUCUGUGGUUGCUGAAAAUGGAAAAAAAACCGAAGCAGCUGAUUUUAUUUCGCUGGAUGUUACUCCAAAUGAAAAAGUGGUUUCGUUAGACUCACUUUUUCCCGACAUACAGAUGUCCAGCAGGAAGCGAAAAUUGAAAGAUAAGAAAAAGAUGAAAAGGAAGAAAGCGAAACUUGCAAAGAAAUUAGAGAUGAAAUUGGAUGGUGAGCAGAAAGCUGUGAUUUCAGAGCAGGUAAUGGUAUCGAAGGGUGAUGAAGGAGUAAAAUCUGUAAGAUAUAGUAUGAGCUGUUCAAGACUUAUUGUUGGAAGAGUCGUGCGCGGUGAUUUCUCGUUCGUUCAUGGAAAAGGUUUUGCUACUGGUUAUUGUUGUUUAUCAGCUCUGAAAAAUAUUCGUUGUGGGAUAGUAUUGUUUAGGAAUGUCACAUCAAAAUAUUAUCACCCAGCUCGAAUUACUAUUGUUAAAAAUCAUCUUGACUUGUAAUA